AGCGGGAAAAUGCGGAAUGGGGGUAUUUCGGUAAAAAAAGCACAGCUUUUUUUUUUUUUUUUGCAGGAACUACACAGAGAAUCUAUUCUGUACCUGUUUGGAUUACGAUGGGUAUGGGUUGGAUUUUUUAUUUAGUUGCCAUUAUGGAAAGGUCAUUAGUGGGUGACAGCCGGCAGUGGGGUCCGUCGGGUAGAGGCGGCUCCCGUCCGUCGGAACCGGAUUGGAAAGGCAUUGUACGGCCGGAUGUAGGGGUACCGCCGUGCCGGUCCCUCCACUUCAAAGAAUUUUUGUUCCUUGGAAAAAACAAAGGCUAAUCAUGCAACCUUGGGCUUUUGUUUUUCAUCCUAAACUCAUCACGUAUACAGGAUGGGCACAAUGUCAUAUUUUAAGGUCUCCUUUUUCAUAUUAAAGCCCAAGGUUUUAUGCUAUUUUGGGCCAACAGAUUACACAUAGUUAGGCCCAACAUUUUGCAAAUUUGAAACUCAUAUGAUGUAAACAUUGCGAAGAUCAUUGGAGGCCCAAAUCUUUCCCUCUGUCGUGGCAGCUGCAGUCUAGAGUUCAUAGUCGACAACCCAAUAGCUCUGCUCUACUGCCUAAUUUUCAAGUUUUCAAUGCCAUAAUUUCUUUCUGAAAAUUUGAUGACUGCUUAAAGGAGAUGAUAGUUGGGCGGAAAAGGGAAAAGAACGCCGUUAUGAUUGAUUCUUU